AUGCACCAACUGUGGGAAGCAUUUGUCGAGAACUUUGAUCCGCUCACGAAGAUCGUGCACGUCCCAUCUCUGCGGCCUGUAGUGGAGAGAGCCAUCGGAGAUGUGACGAAUAUUCCGCGAAACCUUGAGGCACUCAUAUCCGCCAUUCUUGGUGCCGGCAUACUUUCAUUAAAAGACAGAGAUUGUCAACAGAGAUUUGGUGAGACACGUCGCAGCAUGCUAUCAAAGUACUCUUCCGCCACGGAAGCAGCCUUGUCGCGAGCCAAGUUCAUGGCUACCACAAGUCUUGUGGUUCUUCAAGCACUAGUGAUCCAUCUUUACUCAGUACGCGAUGUCUAUGAGCCCCGAACUGUAUGGACGUUGACAGGCGUGGCCGUUCGGAUUGCUCAAGGCUUAAGUCUUGAUCGAGACGGCACAACUCUUGGCCUCUCUCCCUUCGACACUGAGAUUCGGCGACGCAUAUGGUGGCAGUUAAAGUCCCAUGACUUUCGCACUGCUGAGCUGUGUGGUCUUGCCAAAUUCCGAGAUAUUGAGACCAGUCCUGAAAGCACCAAGUGGCCAUCCAACAUUGGCGGCAACGAUUUGCAUCCCAAAAUGUCUAGCCUGGAAAUAACAUCGACGGGGCUCACAGACGCUGCGUUUGUGGCAUUCAAGUUUGAAAUGACCAAAUUUGCGGCCGGUCGAAUCUCCAUAUUCCGCAAGCGAGGAAUAGAUUCCAGCCAAUGGAACUUGGAUAUCCCAGGCAACGACAAAGAAGAGAUCCAAACAUCAGCCGAGACACUCAGAGAAGCUCUUGAGAUGAAGUACUUGCGAUACUGCGACCCCUCGCAGCCGCUACAUCUUGUGCUGUUGCUGGUCGGUCGAUACGGCAUGAACAUAGUCACGUUUCUGACGCACCAUCCACGAAGGUGGGCCAAAAUGGAGCAUGUGACACCCACGGAGCGUGUACUGGUCUGGGACGGUAGCAUCAAGCUUCUAGAUCAGUACAGCAUGAUGCAAUCCAACCCCAUAAUUCAGCAAUUUGCAUGGCAUGCGCGGUAA